AUGACAAAGGUUAGUGAUUGGUGGAGCAAUAAUUCUUGGUCUUUAAAGAAAAACAUUCAGCUUUCUUUUCCCAAUCUAUUGAAGUUGAUUGAAGGAGUGUCUCUCCCUGAUGAAGACAUAGAAGAUCUUUACAUUUGGAAAAGUACUAAGGAUGGUCUCCUCACCUUAAGAGAAGUCUACAUCACCAUUGCCAAGCCUAGGCCCAUUGCUUUCUGGAAUUCAUGUGUUUGGGACCUAGAUACUCCACCUGCUCAUUCUAUGAUUGUGUGGAGAUUGAUUCAUAACAAAUUACAAACUGAUGAAAAUCUUAGAGCUAGAGGCCAUAUUUGGAGGUGGUUUGCAAAUCAUCUUCAAAUGAAUUUGGUGAUUAAUAGUAUAGAAGACUGCUGGAGAGUUUUAGACCAGCAUUGGUUUGAAAACAUAGUUCCCUGCUGGAAAUCUUCAGUGACCAUUGUUGCUGCUCAUGCAAAGCUGGUUGGCAACAAUUCAAACCGGGUCUCUAACUCUUCCAUGACAAGUUUUUCUCUGCUCAAGAAGUUUGGAAUCCAAAUUAAACCUAAGGCUCAAACUGCUACUUUGGAAGUUCUUUGGUCUCCUCCUAUUGUAGGAUGGAUGAAAUGCAAUAUUGAUGGAGUGGUGUUGGGCAAUCCUAGACUGGCUGCGUGUGGAGGACUGUUUCGUGACCAUAAUGCUAAUCAUGUUGUUAGUUUUUGUGAUUUUUUAGGCAAUGAGUCUCCUGAAUUUGCGGAGCUUUUUGCACCUAUAUUGGCUCUUGAGGAAGCUAAAAGAAGAAACAUUAACAAACUUUGGUUGGAAACAGAUUUCUUGUAUGUGGUUAAUGCUUUUAGAAAUCGUGCUUUGGUGCCUUGGAAACUUUGUUCUCGUUGGCUAGUGUGUUGGAAUUAUUCGAUCAACAUUGAUUUCUUGGUAACACACAUAUAUAGAGAAGCCAAUUUUUGUGCUGAUUCCUUGGCUUAUGUUGGCUUAAAAUGCAAGUCUUUAAGAUUAUUUACAUUUGUUCAUGAAGAUAUCUCUAUAGAUUACUUGUUAGACAAGUCGGAUACACCUAGAAUUAGGCUUUGUCACUUUGGGGUUUAG